UCCGUUCAGUUGCGUCUCCGUGGGUUUUGUUCAGACUGCAGAAUCUUCAUCUUCAACUCUUUGGACUGUUUGAAGAAACUGACACGCCACCAAACUGAGUCCACGACGAUAACGAAAGAACUAUCUCUGUCUGUCAGGAGGGAGAACUUACUGAUGAAGCAGGAAAUGAUCAGAAAUACUUCAGAACUAACCGUCCAACUGAAGCAGGGAGAUGAAGAACAUGAAGAGAAUCAUCAGUUUUAUGCUUUAUGGUCUGUUUUUUUGUUCCUCGGUUUUCUCUAAUGAUGAUACACAGGUCUCCUGUCAGGUCAGCAAGACUUGUAUCUUACCCUGCAGUUUCACAGCUCAUGAUGAUGUUGUCAUCCACUGGAUUCAAGAGACUCCACCAGAGUCCCGGGUUCAAGAGACUCCACCAGAGUCCCGGGUUCAAGAGACUCCACCAGAGUCCCGGGUUCAAGAGACUCCACCAGAGUCCCGGGUUCUAGAGACUCCACCAGAGUCCCGGGUUCAAGAGACUCCACCAGAGUCCCGGGUUCUAGAGACUCCACCAGAGUCCCGGGUUCUAGAGACUCCACCAGAGUCCCGGGUUCUAGAGACUCCACCAGAGUCCCGGGUUCAAGAGACUCCACCAGAGUCUCGGGUUCUAGAGACUCCACCAGAGUCCCGGGUUCUAGAGACUCCACCAGAGUCCCGGGUUCACUCCUACUAUCACAAACAAGACCGACUGGGAGAGCAGCACCAGAGGUUCAGAGGAAGAACAUCACUGUUUGAGGACCAGAUCUCCAGAGGAAACGCUUCCCUGCUGCUGAGAGGAGUGAAGGUUCAGGACCAGGGCAGAUAUCUGUGUAACGUCAGCACCAUCACUGGAAACAAGGAGAACUUCAUCAACCUGAAUGUGACCGCUCCAGUCCAGCACGUCAACAUAGAACAGGUACAAGAUAAAAUCACCUGCAGCUCAGAGGGGAUCUAUCCUGAACCUGGACUCGUCUGGACCACCAGUCCUCCAUCCAGCAGGGACCUGCAGAACCUGCAGAACCCACCAACAGUCCAGCAGACUGAACAGCAGCUUUACAGCAUCAGCAGCUCUCUGAUACUUUCAGACGGAGAUACUGACCUGGACUACAUCUGCACCGUCAGCACUCCAGCAAACAGCAGCAGGAGAUCCAUUUUGCUUCAACCAGCUGUUAUAAAUGGAUCAAACACUGAAACAUACAUCUCCUGCUCAACCGCCAAUUAUCCAAUAAAGUAUCUCAUCUGGACAUUUAACCACAAAGAGAUCAUCCUGAACCAGACGGGGCAUGUAGUCCGCUACAUAACUACAGAGAGGUGGAAGCAGUACGUGAUGACUGUAUCAGAGACAGGAGGUCUCACUCUCAAGCAUUUAACUUCAGACCAGACAGGAACAUACAAAUGUGAACUCAGGGAUGAAGAGGAAACAUACGUGAAAUACACCUUUCUUCACAUACCAAAAGACCGGAACAGAGUUACUGUAGGAGUGGUGGUUGUGCUGCUGGUCUUGGUUUCUGGAGUCCUUGGUUACAAAUACAAAAGGAUGAAAGAAAGGACCAAGAGGAGAAAAAUAGAAGAAGAAAAAAUAGAAGAAGGUACGUCAGUUGAAGUUUGUAAAAAGCGGCUGAAGUCUAAGCUGAAGGAGAAGUACCAGUGUGUUUCUGAGGGGAUUGCUAAAGCAGGAAAGAAAACCCUUCUGGAGCAGAUCUACACGGAGCUCUACAUCACAGAGGGAGGGACCGGAGAGGUCAACAAAGAACAUGAAGUCAGACAGAUUGAAGCAGCUUCCAGGAAACCAGACGGAGCAGAAACAACCAUCAGACAGGAAAACAUCUUUAAACCCCCACCUGGAAGAGAUGAACCAAUCAGAACGGUGAUGACGAAGGGAGUGGCCGGCAUCGGGAAAACAGUCCUAACACAGAAGUUCAGUCUGGACUGGGCUGAAGGCAGAACCAACCAGGACAUCCAGUUCCUGCUUCCAUUCACCUUCAGACAGCUGAAUGUGCUGAGAGAGGAGAAGUUCAGCUUGGUGAAACUUGUUCAUCACUUCUUCUCUGAAACCAGAGGAAUCUGCAACUUUGAAGAGUUCCAGGUCGUGUUCAUCUUUGACGGUCUGGACGAGAGUCGACUUCCUCUGGACUUCCACAACAAUGAGGACCUGACUGAUGUUACAGAGUCCACCUCAGUGGACGUGCUGCUGACAAACCUCAUCAGGGGGAACCUGCUUCCUUCUGCUCGUCUCUGGAUCACCACACGACCCGCAGCAGCCAAUCAGAUCCCUCCUGAGUGUGUCUCCAUGGUGACGGAGGUCAGAGGGUUCACUGACCCCCAGAAGGAGGAAUACUUCAGGAAGAGGUUCAGAGAAGAGGAGCAGACCAGCAGGAUCAUCUCCCACAUCAAGACAUCACGGAGCCUCCACAUCAUGUGCCACAUCCCAGUGUUCUGCUGGAUCACUGCUACGGUCCUGGAGAACGUCCUGGAGAACGUCCUGGAAACCAGAGGGGGAGGGGGGCUGCCCAAGACCCUGACUGAGAUGUACAUCCACUUCCUGGUGGUCCAGGCCAAACUGAAGAAGGUCAAGUAUGACGGAGGAGCUGAGACGGAUCCACACUGGAGUCCAGAGAGCAGGAAGAUGGUGGAGUCUCUGGGAAAACUGGCUUUUGAGCAGCUGCAGAAAGGAAACCUGAUCUUCUAUGAACCAGACCUGAGAGAGUGUGGCAUCGAUGUCAGAGAGGCUUCAGUGUACUCAGGAGUGUUCACCCAGAUAUUUAGAGAGGAGAGCAACCUGUACCAGGACCAGGUCUUCUGCUUCAUCCAUCUGAGUGUUCAGGAGUUUCUGGCUGCUCUUCAUGUCCAUCAGACCUUCAUCAACUCUGGAGUCAACCUGCUGGAGGAACAGAAUAACACAGAGACUGACCUCUAUCAGAGUGCUGUGGACAAGGCCUUACAGAGUCCCAACGGACAUCUGGACUUGUUCCUGCGCUUCCUCCUGGGUCUUUCACUGGAGACCAAUCAGAACCUCCUACGAGGUCUGAUGAAACCAAAACAAAGAAGUUCCCAGAACAAUCAGGAAACAGUUAAAUACAUCAAGAAGAAGAUCGAUGAGGAUCUGUCUGCAGAGAGAAGCAUCAACCUGUUCCACUGUCUGAAUGAACUGAACGCUGGUUCUCUGGUGAAACAAGUCCAACGGUACCUGAGGUCUGGACAUCUCUCCACAGAUGAACUGUCUCCUGCUCAGUGGUCGGCUCUGGUCUUCAUCUUACUGUCAUCAGGAGAUCUGGAGGAGUUUGACCUGAAGAAGUUCUCAGCUUCAGAGGAGGCUCUACGGAGGCUGCUGCCGGUGGUCAAAGCCUCCAAGAAAGUUGUGUUGAGUGGCUGUAACCUCUCAGGGAAUAUCUGUCCACUUCUGUCCUCAGUUCUCAGCUCUCAGUCCUCCAGUCUGACAGAACUGGACCUGAGCAACAACGACCUGCAGGGUUCUGGCCUGGAGCAGCUGUGUCCUGGACUGGAGAGUCCACACUGUCACCUGGAGUCUCUCAGGUUGAGUGACUGUAACCUCUCAGAGGACAUCUGUCCACUUCUGUCCUCAGUUCUCAGCUCUCAGUCCUCCAGUCUGACAGAACUGGACCUGAGCAACAACCACCUGCAGGAUUCUGGACUGGAGCAGCUGUGUCCUGGACUGGAGAGUCCACACUGUCACCUGGAGUCUCUCAGGUUGAGUGGCUGUAACCUCUCAGGGAACAUCUGUCCACUUCUGUCCUCAGUUCUCAGCUCUCAGUCCUCCAGUCUGACAGAACUGGACCUGAGCAACAACGACCUGCAGGAUUCUGGACUGGAGCAGCUGUGUCCUGGACUGGAGAGUCCACACUGUCACCUGGAGUCUCUCAGGCUGUCAGGCUGUCUGAUCUCAGAGGAAGGAAGUUCUUCUCUGGUCUCAGCUCUGACCUCCAACCCCUCCCACCUGAGAGAGCUGGACCUGAGCUACAACCAUCCAGGAGCAUCAGCAGGGACGCUUCUGUCUAGACUGAAGGAUCCCCGCUGGAGACUGGACACUCUCAGGGUGGAGCCUGCUGGACAACGAUGGUUGACACCAGGUCUGAGGAAGUAUUCCUUUCAACUCACCAUCGACACAAACACAGUCCACAACAAGAUCAAACUGUCUGACAACAACAGGAAGAUGACACGUGUGGAGGAGGACCAGUCAUAUCCUGAUCAUCCAGACAGGUUUGAUUACUGGGAUCAGCUGCUGUGUAGAGAAGUUCUGACGGGUCGCUGUUACUGGGAGGUCCAGAGGAGAGGAGGAGUUGAUGUAUCAGUGAGUUACAGAAGAAUCAGCAGGAAAGGAGCCUCUCAUGACUGUAUGUUUGGAAAGAACGAUAAUUCCUGGAGUCUGGAAUGUUCUGCUGAUGGUCGGUACCAAGUCUGGCACAAUAACACAGAAACAUCUUCCUCCUCCUCUUCCUCAGUCUCUGACAGAGUAGCAGUGUACUUGGACGUUCCUGCUGGAACUCUGUCCUUCUACAGCGUCUCCUCUGGCAGACUGAUCCUCCUCCACACCUUCAACACCACCUUCACUGAACCUCUCUAUCCUGGGUUCGGGUUCUAUCGUGGUUCUUCAGUGUCUCUGUGUUGAGUUCAGUCUCCAGAGUCUCCUCCUGUCAGAGAAACUGUCUCUGUUGGACAGAUAGUUGAGUCUGUACACGUCUGUCUCUGUUUCCACCAGAACACCUGAAUCACACGUUGGUGAAACUGUUCUGAAUGAUUCCUUGGAAACUUCUUCCUCUUCCGGUCCUUUAAAGGUGAAGCUGCCGUUAUUCCAGGAUCCACAUGUUGUUCUUCCGUCUGUUUCCAGUCAGAGCUUCACGGUGAACGGCAGCAUGUUGUUUCUCUGCAGCUCAGUUCAGCUCAGAUCCUUCACUUCAUGUUCAGCUGCAGGUAGUUUGCUGCACAUGUGACCGACUGUGAUGUCAGAGAGGAAUCACCGAGCUGCAAUCAGCCCAGAUGAAGUUACAACCUGCUGUCAGAUCUGAGCACAAGGUUGCUGUGCAGCCAGGGUUCAUCCUGCUCUUUAUUCUCACCACUUCCCAAUAUUUGAUAUUCACUCAUUAAAAACACUGCUUCAACAUUUCCUCACAAUAAUUAUCAAAUUGGUUUAUCAUGCUAGGAAACAUAUUUCAGCAUGAAACAUUUUUUUUAUUCUUAAUCCAUUUAGUUUGUUCCAAUUUUCAAAAGAUCACUUAUGGAACAUUUUAGUACCAAAUCAUGAAAAUCUUGAAAUCAAGUCAUUUAAAGGAAACUCAACCACCAUAACACUUUUAGCAAAUCAUGAAGUCCCACAUCUGUAGAAAUGAUCAGGUUUAAAAAUAAUUAGAACUUCAAAAUCCUCACAUUUGUACUAAUAAUCAAAUAUGUAGCACUGGUCUGAAGGUUUUCCUGACAGAGUGGUUGAUUUAAGAACAUCCAGCCACCAGGGGGGGCUGCUGCUCUCCAUCCCACUGAGUGCUGCUUAUCGUGGUAGAAGAAGAGAGACAACGAUGAGAAGCUGAUGAUGCUGAUGAAGCUGUUAUAUUACUUUGUGUCAUGAAUCUGAUGUUUGUGGUUCAGUGUGCGUCCAGAGAAACGUGAGUUAUAUUGUUGUUUUUUGGAAGCACUUCUUUGUUGUUCUAUUUUAUAAUUCCGCUGGUGAGUAUUUCCAGCAGUGUUAUUUACUUCCCUAAUCGUUUAAAAGUCAUUAGUUAUGUUAUCUGAAUCACUGUUGUGUCACUGUUGUUGUCACGUAAAUGUGAUAGUAUGCAUAUUAUCUCUGUAUAUGAUUUUCAUGCUAAUAACAUUAUUAUUUGGAUUGUGUGCUAUGGUGAAACAUAUGUUUAUGGCUGUUUAUCGAUUUAUAUUAUUAUUUGGUUUAUUCCAGAACCACACAAACCCACCAUAUCUCUAAAUUCACUCUCUAGACUGGAUUAAAGCACUGUAAAGGAAA